AUGUCAACACAGGAGCAAACAUCUUACCCCGGCAAUAAGUUAAUUUGUCAGCUUCAAGGAUUUUUGCGGGAUGGUGGUGAAUUUUGCAAUGUGGACGAGCAAUGUAAUCAGUUUGGGGAAAAGUAUAUUGAAACUCGGGAUGAUCAUAAUUUUGUUGGGGAUAUUGAAAGAGUUUCUCGACAUUUCAGAAUUCCUGAAGGAUUAAAUCCGAAUUUCCCCGAAGAAAGUCAAUACACUGCCGCACUUCGUUCGGAGCUCUCCGUGGAUGGAGAUAAUUCCAAUUAUUUUCACUCAGAAAGUCCAUUUUACCCCAUUUUAAUGAGUCUUUUUGAUCUCAGAGACAACCUUUACUUGUUGGACAAGAAUUACAUACUUUCACGCGCGUCCGAGUUGAUUAUUGAGGUAGAAAGCCUGAGCACCAUCGAAGGUACCUCCGAUUCAUACAUUCGACAUCUUAUCACCAUCCUUGCUCAUCAAAUUUCAGAGAUAUGUGACAAGCAAGUCGAAUCCACAAAUUCGUUGCUGGAAAGGAAUUCCGAUGCAAUUCAAAAGUUGACAAAUGCAUUCCGCGACAACACGCAGCAAUCUCAACUUUCCGAUAGUUCAGUGAGUCUGCCGGCGACCGAUAAUUCCGAAAAUCCCCGUAAAACUUCAACUCGCAAUCGAAUGGACCCCUUUGCCACAUUGUGGUGUAUAAAAUAUUUGCUCGAUAAUAAUCUUCAGAAACCUAACAAGAAACAAAGGUAUUUACUCUCUCUUUGGACAAACGUCCCGGUUCAUGAUAUCGAUAGAUGGUUCAUCAGGACCAAUAUCAAUUACAUCAAAACUAAUGAUGAGGGAACGGCGCGUAAAAGGCUAAGCGAACGAGCAAAGACAAUUAGCAAACAGCUGAGGAGAGAUGCCGCAACGACGAAUGCGAAGAAACAAGUGCCCAAGGCAUGA